AUGCUGUCGCCGCCCACGUCCCGCCUCGGCUCCCCGUUGCCCGCUAGCACGCCGACGCCCCAGCACGGCUCCGGUGGUUCCUCUGGCACCCCGGUCGUCAAACCAGCGCACUCCUCUCUCCCCCUGGCGCUCCCCACGACCUCCUUCUACCGCUGCCGCACCACCUCCCCCCGCCCCGUGAAGCCUCCCACGCCGCCGCACCGCCUUCCUCACCUUGCGGAGCUUCCACCGCCGGAUCUGGCCCGCCCCGCCCCGUCCCGCCUUCCGCCCCACCCGGCCGCGGCUAAUGCACCGCACCGCGACGCGGCCCACCGCGACGACCCCUCAAGCCCGCUCCGCCCCGGCCGCGGCCAUAGCUGCACCACGCGACGGUCGUCCUCCUCGGCCCCUGCCCUGCGCCACCCCAACCGCGGCCCAAGCUCCGCCCCCGCCGGCCUCCACGGCCCCUGCCCCACGCCUCCCCGACCGCGGCCCCAGCUCCGCUCCGGCCGGCUUCCACGGCCCCGCCCCGCGCCGCCCCAGCUCCGCCCCGGCCGGCUUCCAUGGCUCCGCUCCGCGCCGCCCCAGCUCCGGCCCGGCCGCCAACAACCAGCAUCCAUGGCCCUCCGGAAUCCGGUGAGAUCCGCCAUGUCGAGCCUGCACCAUUGGAUCCCCAGGCGUGCCCAUUAUCCUCAUUCUGCUCCGUUCGAGGCAAGGAUGGGCUCUGCCCCGCACCGAGAAACGAGGGAUUUGGCGGCCACGGGGCUUCCCAUGUGUCGAUGGUGUUCGCCGGCGAUGGGAGUGCAGCUCGGCCGAGCGGCAUGA